CGAGGAUGUUUUCCUUGCAAAAAUUAUGUGGACGUGCGUUUGGACAUGCAGAGCAUGGCUUUCCAGACACCAGACAGACAAAAAUCAGCUGCAGUUCUCACCGGCAAAAUAACAACUGGAAAAUGUGCAAAAAAUCGGGGUCGGAUGUGAACGGAUUUUUCUACGGAGUCAAUCAAUACUAAAAAAUAUGACAUGAAGAAUCACAACACAAUUCUUUAACGAUAAGCCAAGAAGUAAUGGCUGCCGCUGCAAAUAACGUGACCGGUACCGUUUCCGACGACGAAGGACGGCCUUCCAUUUUCGAACUUGUCUCCCAACAAGGUUUCGCCCAUGCAUUGCGACCCGCAUUUUUCCACAUUGUUAAGACCUUGGCCGAAGGAUACCCGGCCAGAUGGCUACCUCCAUUUAUGUACCGAAACUUUGACGAAGUAUACCUCGCAUUUGACUCCUUAGUGCAGUGGCAUUACAUGUUAACCCGAGGAGCCACUCUCAGCGAAGCGUUUUACGGUUUAGAACGAGUCACCAAAAACGGAAAGAUAAACACUAACAGGGUUAAAGUGUCAUUUAUCCUAUCCGUGAUCCUUCCCUACCUUACGACCAAGUUGGAUAAGGUGCAUAAAACCGAAAGUGAUAAGCUCAGUGGCGCAGUUACAAAUUCGGAACAAGACCCUACAUCUUGUAGAGGAAGAAAUCCUAAACUUGUUCUCGUCUUCAUCAAAGCCUAUCCAUUCGUCAAAGCAUUCCUCGACCUUAUCAACCUUAUCUGUCUGCUCCGAUAUGCGUUCGGCUAUUCGAAAUCACACCACUUGCUUUUCCUCAGUCUCGGCCUCCGCUUAACUUAUGCAUCUCCAUCGAGGGCGAAAUUUAUCCAAGAGAAACAAUCGGAACUUUUCUCCCCUAAAUCGUGGAGCUUCUCCCGAUUUCCAACCCUCCUACUCCGCUCAUUGGGCGAAAGUGUUCUCUUCGGGGUCGAAAUGGGCUCAUUUUUCGUCCAAUUUCUCGACUGGUGGUACAACGAUCGGAGAAGAGAACGCGUUACCCUGACUUCACUUCCGGUCCCACCAGCUUUAAGUGAAGCGGACCAGAAUUUCGUCGCUAUUACACCACAGGAGAAAAACUUGUGUCCCUUGUGCAGGAGGAGGUUCAAGAAUGCGACAGCCUUAUCAACUAGCGGACUCGUUUUCUGCUACGGAUGCAUCACGCCAUAUCUCAAGACUCAUGGAAAAUGUCCCCUUACAUCCAUCACAUCGAAUAUGCACCAUUUAAUUAGGAUAUUUAACUAGUCAAUUUACUCAACCAAAACAUAAACUAAUGAUAUUAAUACUGCCAAUUUAACAAAA